UGGCGGCAAUGAUUCAGAUGCCGACAAUGCUGAUGAUAAUGCUCCUGCCGCUGAACCAUUCUAUGGCUUCGAAGAAUCUGAACCCAAUUUGGAGGAAAAAGAUAUGCCACAAGUAUUACAAUUUUGGGAAUCUAAACAUACCCAAUCGGGUUUUGAUCCAGUGCCGAUAUUGAAAAGAUUGGCUGAAAUUUUCGAAAAGGAAAAAGAAAUCUAUAUGCGCAAAGAUCCCGAUCCGUUCGAUGAACGCCAUCCAUAUCGUACAGAUCCCAGCUGUCAAUUUGGUUUCCUACUAAAACUAUUAUUUCGCAAAGAUAAUUUUAUGAAGAAGCUUGUCAAUGACUAUCUGCGUGAUAAUUAUUUUACCCGUCAAAAUGUACAAAAAAGUUCCUUAGAAUUGAAUAUAUUGGCAUUGCGUUUGAUAUUGGUGAUAAUGCCAGGUUUGGAGACUUCGGCGGUGUUUCAAGUUGAAUUUGAUAAUUUAAUAAAUCGCAUCUAUGGCUGGGCUGAGGAUAGUAUUGAACCGUUGCAAAGUUAUGCCACUGGUUUAUUGGCUGCUGCUAUGGAAGUUACUGAUAUUGCUGUGACCUUUAGGGAAAUUAAUACCCGUCUGGUGCCGAAAAUGAUAAAACGUUUACAUAUGCUACAGGCGAUACACAAAACAAUACUUCAACCAUCAACCACAAAUAAUGCAAAUGAAUCCAUCAAUAACUCGAUUGAUAGUGAAGCGGGUCUGAAUAAUUCAACACUUGGGGUAGAACGUAUCCUACCAUCAUGGAUGGCCGGUUCGGCACCACAAUCACCACAACGUUUAGAUGAUAGUACGGCAAGUGGUCGUGUACAGAAUAGCAGCGCCUUGGACACAUUUGUAAAUUCAUCGAACCUAUCUACCCUGCUGGAGAAUAGUCGUGAUGCUUUCCCCACCGGUAGUGGUGGUCGUUAUUAUAAGAAAAUGUAUAUACCCAUACAUCCACCAUCGGCUGAGACAAGUCAAAUGUUAAUAUUACGUUAUCUCACCACUAUGGGAGAGUAUCAGGAGUUUUUGGGUUUAAUAUUCGAACACAAUGCAAUGCAGUUGAUUUUUGGAUAUAUUGAAAAUUUGGAUCGUCGUGAUACAUGUUUGGCCUUUGAGGCGUUGAAAUAUUUGGCAUCGCUGCUGUGUCACAAGAAGUUUGCAUUGGAUUUUAUAACACAUGGUGGAUUGGAGCGCCUCUUGAGAGUCCCUCGUCCCAGUAUAGCUGCCACAGGAGUUUCCAUCACCCUAUACUACUUAGCCUAUUCCGAAGAUGCCAUGGAACGUAUUUGUACAAUGCCCAAAUAUAUUAUCACAGAUUUGGUGCGCUAUGCUCUAUGGAUAUUGGGACAUUCUUAUGAUUCGGGAAAAUGUCAUGCCACCAUGUUUUUCGGAUUGAGUUUUCAAUUUAAGGUUAUGCUCGAGGAGUUUGAUGCCCAGGAUGGCCUCCGGAAGCUAUACAAUGUGAUAUCCGUUUUGAAAAUCUUGAAUCCUUCCAAUAAUGACGAUGACAAUAAUGAACUCAACGAAGAUGUGGAAUGUGCCUCACGCCAAAUAGUACGCCACGUCUGCGUGGCCCUUAAACGUUAUAUGGAAUCCCAUCUCUUCUAUAAAUACAAUAAUUUUAUGUGUCAACAAUUCCCUGUGUCCAGUGAAUUUAAUCGUAAUAUCACCAAGGCCACCAAGACCACAAUGGAACAGAUUAAUGAACAAAUACGUAAUCUACAAGAGAAUACAUCGGUGCGAGCGCAUUGGGCACCCGUCGACCAAUUGCUAAAAUUAGGUGGUAUAACUCUCCUAUUGAAAAUUAUUGCCUUCUCCUAUGAUUGGAAUAAUAGUGGACGUUCGGAAACGGUACGUUCAGCAUUGGAUGUUCUGUCGAUAUGUUGUGUUAUACCUAGGGUCUAUGCCACAUAUUGUGAUAUAUUGGAGUUGCCAGCCAUUGUUACAACAUCGGGUAUUUAUUCGAUAUUGGGUGCAGCAGCUGGUGAUAUUGUACCUGAUGCAGAUGUACAAAAGUCCGCAUUGGCUGUGUUGUGUAAUUGUGUGUGUUCGCCAAUAGCAAGGAAAGAACCCAACACUUUGAUUAAAUGUUUCGGCUCCUCCAAGAAGGCCAAACACAACAACAAAUAUAGCGAAGAAUUAGUGGAAAAGGUGUGGGAAUCGGUGUGUUCCAAUAACGGCAUAAUUGUACUACUUUCUCUCAUGCAAAUUAAAACCCCUAUCACAGAUGCCGAUUGUAUCCGCGGCAUGGCCUGUCGUGCCUUGGCCGGCCUGGCAAGAUGGGAACGAGUCAAGCAAAUUAUUGGCAAAUUACCACUCUUUGCCAGUGGCCAAAUACAAACCCUAAUGCGCGAUCCCAUCCUCCAAGAGAAACGUGCCGAACAUGUUAUAUUCCAGAAGUAUGCCCUUGAGUUGUUGGAACAAGUUUCAGGCAAGGCCAAGCCUUUUAGUCAUCAAUUGGACCCUUCGCUGGCAAAUAUUCAUAAGGCCAAUGUUAUUGCCCAAACCAAGAUACAAUAUAAUGAACAUCAACUCUAUCAAUUGAUUUACGAUCACCUGGAAUCCAAGGGCCUCACGCAGACGGCAGCCAUGUUACAAAAGGAGGCCAAUAUUCAACUGCCAUCGACAACAAUGAAAAGUUUUCAUCAAUCGCCAUUCGAUUAUAAGGUUAUGCCCACCAGUUCAAUUGCACGGAAUCGUCUGCGAUCAAGAAUGCAGGAUGUUAAUCAGGCCAUUAACAGUGCCACAACCACGGCGACGCCGAACUCUACAAACAAUGCAAACACUAAUACACCAACAAAUUGCAUUACCUCGUCCUCCUCCUCCGUAACGAAUUGUGGCACGGAUAGUCUAAAUGAUAGCUUUUCCGAAGAUCAAACAAUGAGCACCGUCACACCCAUUAAAUUGGUUAAAAAGACUGAAAAGGUAGCACCCAAUUUAACCUCAACAGCAGCCACAAACAUCAACAAUGUCGCUUCAUCAGCAAAAUCUUUACAAAAACAAAUAUCCGUAGUUGACCCCAGUAGUAGUUUGAUGAUGGAUAUCAGUUCACCGCCUCAGUUCUCCAACAACAUUACCCUCAGCACAAUUGUCACGGAAUAUUUGACAAAUCAACAUGCCCUCUGCAACAAUCCCAUGACAACAUGUCCACAAUUUGAUUUGCUAACACCACACAAAUGUCCCGACCCGAAACCAAAUCGUAUAUUGGGUGAUAAUUUAAAUGUGGCAACACGCUAUGCCAGAGCACAGGAUGGUUACAAUACAAGAAGAUUAAAUCGUCGUUUUAUCCAUUCACAUUUUGCCCCUUGGAAGACAAUACGUUCCAAUGACUAUAAUGAUGUGAUAUUUUCUUCAUGUCACAUUGUACCCAAUUCAGAUAUCCUUCUGGCUGGUACGCAUCAGGGUGAUGCCAAGGUCUAUAAUAUGAAUCAUGGCACAGAAUUGUUUUCGGCACGUUGUCAUAGUUAUAUCAUCGAUUCUAUACUAUCGAAUCGCACCGGAGAUUUGGUAUUGACAUCGGUUUCAUGGCGCAGCCCCUUGAGUGUCCUGUGGGCUGUCAAGGAUAAUGAUUUUGUAUCGAAAAUUGAAUUUGUCGAUGAGUUCUAUUGUGAAUUUAGUAAAUUAUCUCAGGAUAAAGUUAUUGGUACUCUGUCAGAUGCCUGUACUAUAUAUGAUAUUGGCACGGGCCAAAAGAUAUCCACCUUUACACCUACUUUGGGUAAUCAGUAUACAAAGAAUCGUGCCACAUUCUGUCCCACCGAUGAACUGGUUUUGUCAAGUGGUGUCCUAUGGGAUGUUCGAUCCGGCAAAGAAAUCCACAAAUUUGAUAAAUUAAAUCAAUCCUUAUCAGGUGUCUUCCAUCCAAAUGGUUUAGAGAUUAUUUCCAAUACCGAAGUAUGGGACUUGCGAACAUUCCAUCUGUUACAAACUGUCCCAGUGUUGGAUCAAUGUCUCAUCAAAUUCUCCCCCCUACACGUGAUGUACGGCAUCCGUUUGGAAAUGGAAAAUCGUUCCGAUUUCGAUGAUACAACAAGUUAUGAUACAAGCUUUAAGGUGCUGGAUGCCUAUGAUUAUAGCUCGAUAGCAACGAUUGAUGCCAAGCGCAGCCUGUUCGAUUUAAGUGUCAGCGGAAAUGGCAGCCUGAUUGCAUUGGUGGAGGAUCAACCAUCGUACGAAUCGAAACCGGAAACAUUUGUGAAAAUCUACUGUGUCGGCAUGAAGAAAACCGAACAGGACGAAGAGGAAGAUGAAGAGGAGUGUGAGUCCGAUGAGGACAAUUCCGAUAGUGAUGACUCAAACAAUGUGUUUGAUAUUAUUCCUGAUGAGCGUCCUGGCCGUAGACGCCGUGGCAACAAUGAUGAUGCUGAUGGUGAUGACGAUGACGAUGACCAGGAUGAUGAUGAUGACGACGACGAUGAUGAUGACGAUGACGACGACGAUAGUGAUGAUGAUGAUGACGACGAUGGCGAUGAUGAUGACGACGAUGAUGGUUGGAUGGACAUCAUGGAGGAUGAUGAUCUUCCACAUCAUUUCCGUUUAUUUGCUUAG